UAGAACUCUCUUCAUGUCAAGUUGUUCACGUUAUAUAUAAUUUAAUAAAACCCUUUAUUAAAAUAUUAAAAUCAGCUUUCUUAUUUAUUGAUAGAGCCGGAGGAGCUCUAUCAAUAAUAACUCCUUAGCUCGACACAUAUUGUCUUCAUAAUAAAAGUAAAUUUUAAAAUUGGAAGUUUGAAAAUUGACGUCUAAUUAAUGUGACUUUCAAGUUUUUUUCCUCGUUCAACAAAUUUUAAUCGAUGAGCGAACAUUGAACUUACAACUAUAGAAAUAACCGUUAAACUCAAAAUCAGCAAGACAUUUGGAAUAUGCUUGGAAGACUGGUCAGUAGUGUUCGUGUUUGCCCGUACUACACCGCAAGAAAUGCAAUAAACCAAACCCAGAUGCUGACUCAGCAAAAGGUCAUGCAGAUGCCUAAGCGCCAUUGGGCCCAAGUGGGUCACGUCAUCGUUACUCCGCCAAGAGUCAAAGUGUCUUUGUUGGAAAAAGUUCUUCAUAGCACUGUCAUGUUCGUCGUUUGGCUAGCCCCGGUAAUGUGGUUCCUCUCGCAGGUAAAGAUAAACCGCCUACAAUACAGUCAAAAAAUGGAAGAAACCUUGGAUACAAUAACAGAAAAGCUCAAGCAUAGUUCUAUUUCACCAAAUGAGCAGCCAGUGCCUGAUAUUGUGUUUCAUGACACCAUGAACAAAGACCUCUUGUCAAAAUGGCCUAGAUUCAAAAAUGUUGUUCCUGACAUACUAUUGCAUAAAACUAUUGAUUUUGCUCAACACGUUAAAGAAAUUCUUCGUAUGAAUAUUAAAAUAUAUCAGCCCUAUCUAAGCACUAAUUAUACUAAAAUACCCAGCUACAGCAUAGCGGAUUUUAAAGCUGUACAGCAAUACUUUGACAAAAAUCAUUUGCCAUACCAUACAUUCUCAAUUCCAAAUGAAAAGAAACUUAGAGUAACAAUCAGAGGUCUCCCAAAAGAUUUAAACUUGAAUGAACUGUUUGAGAAACUCAGAUCUGCUAAAAUUCCUGUAAAAAGGGUGCAUAAAAUGAAAGUAAAAUCAUUUGCAUUAGAACAAGCACCAUUAAUCUUAGCUAUUUUACCUUACAACAAAGAAGGACUGAAUAUAUUGAGAGUUAGGAAAAUACUUGGCCAUGAUGUUACUUUAGAACCACCAAUUAAGAAGCUAAGACAAUGUCAUCGAUGCCAAAAGUGGGGUCAUGCACAGCGUUACUGCCAUGGACAACUCAAGUGCGUGAAGUGUGCUGGAGACCAUUACAGUACAACCUGCUCCAGAGAUCGUAACAGUAGUGAACCACCAACAUGUGCAAACUGUGGGGGGAACCACACUGCAAACUAUAGAGAAUGUUUUUAUUGUCCAGACUCAGAGGAAUAUAGACAGAACCGGGUGAAGAGAUUAAAAUAUAAAACAGAAACACCAAGGUUUCCACGUCAGUUAGUUACCUGGGAAAAUGUUGACACAAAUCUAUACAAACGAAUCACUAACAUACCAAAGCAUGCUGAGGCUAUACCAUUUUAAAUGAAAAGAUUUUUAUUAUGUCCCAAUAUUGUAUUAGUAAUUGUAUAUUAAUUUGUAGAGGGUGUCAUUUUUACGCUGUACACUGAUAUUGUGACAGGUUUAUAUUUUUCUGAUGAUAAAGAAGAUGCACCUCGUACUGAUUAUAUUGAUUUUAAUAUUAUAUGUAGGUAUUUAAGACUUUUUGUUUAAAAAAAUAAGACUGAAUUUAUUACUCGCUUAGUCAUUGCAAAACUGUGCUAUACAUUAUUAUUUAUAUGAUUUUUCAUUGUUUUUUUGAAGUUUUUAAACUUUUGGAAUGUUAAGCUGAAUGGUAUUUAGUUAUUACAAUUAUAAGAUUAAUGUGAUAUCAUGUAAAACUCCAAUCUAAUUUUAAAAAGUCUAUGCAUUGAUGUAUUGAUGUAAAUACUACCAUUGUAUGGCAUGUGUUUACUUGAAUACACUAAGAUGGGACUCGUCGAAACGUAACCUUUUGGUCAAAGAACAAAAAGCAUUUUGUGCAGAUUUCCCUGUUUUGAAAUAGGCAAAAUUUAAAACCUCAUUACUUGUAUGUACAUAUAGCCUCGCAGCAGAGGAAGUUUUAUCGUAUUAUGUGACUUUAAUGUGAUAGAGCUUAAAGUAUACGUGAAUAUCAAAUGAAGCAGAAAUGUAGGGAUGCACAAUCAAAGUGAAAAAUUCUUGAAGUAUAUUGUAACAGCGCCCUAGAACUCUGCACCACCUUUUAUUAUUAUCUAGCCAAUCAUAACACAGCAGACAUGUUAUACUGAUAUUGUCUCGUUUCUUACAUUACACAUCUAUCAUAUGUUAUCCCUUUCACACAAUUUGUUGGUAGGUCAAUGACUCAAUCCUUAAAAUUAUUUUAUUAAGUGGUUUUGGAAAUUUAGGCUAUACUCGUAUAUUGUUCUAACAGCACAUGCAAAGUGUUCAUAUUAAGAUUUUCACAUGCUACUAGUAAGUACUUGAAAUUGCAAUUUAAAUUAAACAAUAAUUAUCAGCGCUAAAUUGUAGUAAGUACUGUAAAAUUUAUUAAUAGUUGCAUGGUUUAGUGUAAACAAAACCGAUGUGCUGAUCUCAAAUCACAUUUUCAGUAUAUUUAUAAUAUCUCUAAGCUACACUACUACU